AUGUCGGUCACCCAGUCGGUCCAAGGCAAAACCGCCAUUGUUACUGGUGCAGGCUCAGGAAUUAACCUGGCGUUUGCCACGUUACUGCUUGAAAAUGGCUGCAAUGUUCUCAUUGCAGAUCUUGCCCUGCGCCCCGAGGCCAAAGUCGUAGUAGACAAGUAUUCAAGUCGUUCAGGCUCGGCCAGAGCUGUUUUUCAGAAAACCAAUGUUAUCGACUGGAAACAGCUGGAGGAGAUGUUUACGGUUGCAGAGAGGGAGUUUGGAGAAGUCGACAUCGUCUGUCCUGGUGCGGGAGUGUAUGAAGAGCACUGGAGCAACUUUUGGCGACCACCUGGAGCACCAGAGAGUCGAGACGCGCCGUUGGGAGGCCGGUACGCCCUGCUGGACAUCAACUUGACGCAUCCAAUCCGAGUCACUCAACUGGCCAUUUCACAUUUCCUGCGCCACCGGAAAAAUAAUUCUGGCCGCAAGCAUAUCGUCCACAUCUCCAGCAUAGCUGGCCAGGGCAAAUCCAUGGCCGCCCCCAUCUACGUCGCCACGAAGCACGGCAUCAACGGUCUCGUGCGAUCUCUGGAUGACUUGGACGAUAAAUUUGGUAUCCGGGUGACGGCCGUGGCACCCGGUGUGAUCAAGACGCCGCUCUGGCUGGAGCAUCCCGAGAAAUUGAAGAUGAUCAGGGAAGGAAAAGACGAAUGGGUCACUGCUGAGGAGGUUGGCGAGGUCAUGCUUGCUCUGGUUCAGCAGGACGAAGUCAGCAGUAUCAUCGGGGACAAGCACAGGCAAGGCACGCUGUAUCGCGUGCAGGGCGGUACUAUCCUCGAAGUGUCCAAGACUGUCCGCGAAGUGAAUGCCUUUAAUGACCCUGGCCCUGCCGGCCGCGCUGGCAAUACGGUCGCUGACUCGGCCGUGUUGAUAAAUGAGAUAUAUGACCUGCUGUCUCAGCCUAACUGGGGCAAGGCGAAGCUAUGA